AAGUCCACUUCGCUCUCUCUCUCUCUGUUUCGCCGCGCUGCAAAAAUACAUAUAGUACGUUCGGCCCCGUGCGAUCACGUGUGUGCAUAUUGUGUGUGCGUCGCUGCUGCAGUCUCUGUUGUGCGUCUGUGUCGUUCUUAUUAUUAUCAUUAUUACUGUUGUGUUUACGAGUCCAAGAAAACGCAGGCUAUAGUUCGUAAUUGUGUGCAGCUGCAGCGGUAGAAAUUUUUUUUUUUUUUUUUUGUAAAUCGUGCACGAUCCGCCUAUACACACAUAAGAAUGAAGGCGACGGGGAGGAGGAGUAGUAGUGCGGUGAAAAAACAGGUGCGAUAAUGUGCAGUAAUAGUUCUCGCGUGGCUCAGCUGCUGCUGCUGCGUUGCCGCCAGCUCGUGCAUCGGCAUCCGCCAGCGACGCCGCCGCUGCAGCUAUUUCUUCGACCAUAAUACUCACCUGCAGUACCGUCAAAACCAAUGAAACUCGUCCGCGCGACGACGACGAAGCAAGAUCCAACCGACAGAUAACGUCAAAUGGACAAGCUGCGCUGCGUGGGUAACAACGGCAGCAGCAAGGGCUGCGGCGAGAACAGCAAACAGCAGCAGCAGCCGCUCUGGGGCCAGAUACGCGAGGACACGCUUCUGCCGCCGAGUCGGCGAAACGCCUCGUCCAACGCCUCGACGCCGACCUCCUUCGACGGCAGCCACAACAAAAAGCGGAAUUCGCUGAGCAAGAAAUGGUCGAUCGAUGGUCUGUUCAAGCGGGUCUCGUCGCUGCUUGAUCACUCGGCCUCGGUGUCGUCCGUCUCGUCGACCGGUAGCAGUCCCGCGUCCUCGCUGGAGGAGCUGCCGCUGGCCGCUGUCACGAGCAAUUUUAGAGCCUUGACCCACACAGGUGCCAGCGAAUACGACACGGGCAAUUUUCCGCGCGUCACCGAAUUGGACGCGGUCCGAGCCACGAGGCCGAUCGUCUGGAUAUCGGCGCCGGACUCGACCAACAUCGUCAUCGACAACGACGACGCCGACGACGCGACGAUGAGCUCGAGCGCUCGUCGGGGUCAUCGUCACCACCAGCAGCGCAGCUCGGCAGCGGCAGUCCUCCUAACCGAAGCCGCUACUGCUGCUGCGCCACCUCCUCACAAUUGCUGCUGCUCGUGCGGCUCGUCCUCGCCCAACAACGGAAGCGGCGGACGUCGAUGCAAAGGCCCGAUGACGACCAAGUCGCGUCGCUCGAGCGUCAUCGCCGACUGCAGCAGCAGCGACAUGGACGAGAGUGGCGGGGGUGGCGGUGGCAAUGGAACUGGCAGUGGCAGUUGGCGCAGCAGUAGCAACAAUCCGACCAAUAAGAGGCGAUCGAGAACCUCGAGGACCGAGAGAUACUUGAAGAGGCAGUGCGGCGCUGUCAACGGCUUGGUUAACAACAACAUUGCCGGCGGCAAUAACGAUUCGACGAGUGCCUUGGAGUGUUACAGUGGCUCGGAUAGUAAGCCGAGAGUAGCUUCUAAAAUUGUUGCUUCGAAUCUGGAUCGGUUGCGACCGCCGGGUGUCCUCGAAGGAACCCCCAGGAUGCUGCCCUAUCGUCUGGAUAGCGCCACGAGGCCGAGGAGUGAAGUCCCAGAAAUGCUGUCGAAAAAGUAUGCGUUCGAAGCGGAGCAGCCCAGACACAUUUACGCACUGCCAUCCGGUCAACGAGUACGAAGCAGCAGCAACUCGGUCAGCCCCUCGACGUCCACGUCCGCCAACGGCGUGAACAAUCCUCUAGUCCAGCAAACUCUGCAAUAUUUCUCGCAAUUCGACAACGACAACGACGCCACCGUUACCGCGAGAAUCAAGCCCGUGCCAAAGCCCCGAAAAUUGUAUCCCCAUCCGCAGCAGCAGCAGAAGAGGAUAUCGGCGCCACCGGUGCCACCCUCGAGAGACUCGAGCUCGUCCCGAUCUCUCCUCAUCAAUGGCCUACCGAUCAAUCGCUACAACGAUACGAUUCUGCAGCAGCAACAGCAGAGCAGCGACAAGGAGAACAACAGCGAGUACAGCCUCGAGCGACACUCGAUAUCCAGUCCGAGUUGCGAAGUGCGUCUCAUUAACGAGGGUCGACUGCUGCUCGCCAGUGACAACGGCUACGGCAGGACCAUACCGGUGGCCGCCAACGUUAGAAGGGAUCCGCUGCGAGACACCAACAACGGCGUCACGAGCCCGGCGCAGUUGAGCGGCCGCGGCAGUUCGGUGACCCAGUCACCGUCGUCGUCUCUCAGGCCACCUCCGCUUCCCGAAAAGCCAAAGUAUUUGCAGUCUCAGUCGCAGCCACCGCAGCAGCUGCAACGCAGCUUGCCACUGCGUCGUCCGCGCUCCCGACAAGACUCGGCGAAUCUCGAGAGCGCCCUCGAGGAGCUCGAGACGAUCUUCAACAGUCUGCAUCUGGAUGCGGACGAGCAGCUGCUCGACAGGGCCGACCGUCGGACCCUGGAGGAGAUGCACUACAGGGGUCUGACGGCCAGCCCGGUGCCGUUCGACGCCGAGGACGAUCCCAUUGCGAGGAGAAAGACCUGGGCUGACUCGAAUUUACUGCAGGGACAAGACGAGGUCGACCGAGCCGCUGCGGAGCACCGGCUACGAGACGACAUGGCCUUCAGGCGCAUGCAGUCGGCCAACAGACAGGACAGCAGACCGGCGUCCAGUUGCGCCGGGGCGCCCGGCCUCGAGAGCAUCAGCUACCUGAUGACGCCGGUGCCGUUCGGCGGCGAGAAUUCACCGAGACGCUGGGAGGAUGCCACCAAACAGCAGCAGCAGCAGCAAAAUGGCAGUGGCAGGAAGAAAAGAGUAGAGCCCGACGUCACGCUGGACGACGUCGUGUUUCGCAUGCGACACCACGCCAAUAAUACGCUCAAGAUAUCCGAUCCGCAGCCGCCGUUCGGCAUACCACUGGGCCCGAUAGCCACCGCCACGGAGUCGGACUACCUGCACAGUCAGGCGCCCUCCUGUUCCCCGGCCAGCGCUCGCUCGCCCUACAUACCGAGUCGCGAGCCCGACCUCGUGACCGACGACCUGGCCUAUCGGGCGCUGCGUAAGGACGCCUCCUCGGCCUGCAGCAGUCAUCAUCAUCAUCAUUCGCAGUCGUCGCCGAUGUCCUUCUGCAGUCCCGUGCCCUCGACCCCGUCGCCUCUGCACUUCGGUUCGGGGCGAAACAGCAGUAGCUUCAAAAAGAGACAUCGCUCGCUGUCGAGCAAUCUCUACGGCGUCAUCAGCUCGUCGCAGUCGCCGACGGGUCGUGGCAAGGGUUACGUAGACGAUGACGACGACGACCUGGACUCGUGCAGGAGCGGCAGUCAAGCGGCGAUAGUCAGCGAUUCCGAAUCUUUGGGCUUCAUGAACGACAGCAGCAGCUUCAGAGACGCGACGAGCGGCCACGUCACCAGCGAGGAACCUUGUCCUCGGGUGCGAGUCGUCGUGGUCGAUCGGCAAUCGAGCGAUCUCGAUCUCAGCUCCAAGUCCUGCGAGGUGCAUCAUUCCGAGGACGACGUUCGAUCGAAGGAUAGAAGCCGUAGCAGAGAGCCGACGCACGAUAACAGCAGCGCGAGCUUCGUGACUUGCGACGCCAGCGUAGCCAGCGCGAAGGCGCAAAACACGAGUCCGAAAGAGACUGCCGCGAGAGCCGAACCCGAGAAUUCGGCCUACAAGAAGCUCUGCCAAGACCUCGAGAACCUCGUGCAGCUUACAAAGGGAAUCGAUGGUAAAGUUCCAUCGUCCACGCAACAAGCCACCGCCAAGUCGGUAGCGAGUAACGAUAAGCCUGCUGCGCUGCGGGUGAUGAGCGCCUCGGAAAUAAUCGACGGUAUUGCUCGAGACGACGACGACGAAAAGAAAGAAAAAGAUGAGGAUGAAGAGAACAAGAAAGAGGAAGAAGAUAAAGUGGACGGCCAGUCGACGAUCAAGCGCGAAAUCUCGACGGUGCUCGACGAUCUGAAAAAUCUGCGCGAGACUUGCCGGGAGGACAUCAAGCGCUGCAGGGAGUCGGAAUUGCUGCAGCCAACGAGCAACAAGCCAAUCGGAGGAGGUGCCUUGGAAUCUUCUUCGUCCACGGAAGCAACGACAGCACCUACCACUAGUAGCAGUAGCAGUCGGGAAAAGUGCGAGAACCGCGACAACUCGAGCAAGGCCUUCAUGCGCAGCGUCAGGGAGGCCAAACUGGCCGGCGACUGGAAGGAGAGCACCCCGCGGGCUCGCAACGACGCCGGACAGUCGACCGUCAGCGACGACGACGACGGCCUGGAUCGACUGCAUCAUCGAGGACGUCAACAGCCAGAGCAGCAAAGACCCCUUCAAUCUCGGAAUAAUUGGGAAGGUGAGCACGCCGCCGAGGCCGUCGUUACGUGUAGCCUCCUGGGCACGGUGCUGAGCCGUGACAAUCAGCGCCGCGGCGUCGAGCUGUUCGGCAGCGCCACCGCCGCCUCGGCCCGACUAACCGCCAAGUGCAUACGCCACAUUACUAAUAACAACGGCAACAGCAAUAAAAAUAAUAAUAGCAAUAGCAAUAGCAAUAAUAAUCUAACGGCCCAGUGCUGCUGCUGCAUACUGCUUGUGUUCUUUCUCGUGCUGCUAAUAGCUAUCCAAUACGUGCCAUAAUAUUGAAUAGACAAAAAAAAAUAUUAUUGUACAUAUAAACGACGACGAUGUGCACUUACACACACGUUUUAUCCCAUUUAUAAACUUACCAUCUAUUUUGCGUGCUAUACAAAUAAUACAUACAUACGUAUUUACCGCAAGUUACACAUUAGUUUUUACUUACAUACAACGAAACACGAACGCGGGAAUUGUUGAGUAUUUUUUAACGCGGAGAAUAUAGAACGUAUAUGUACUUUUAUUUUAAUCCGACUGUCGUUGCGCUGGUUCGAGUCCGGAAUACGGUACCAUUCGUACGUAUACAUACAAAUAUCGACAUUCCAAACUUAUUACUUAACUUUGACUCGUUUAUCGAGGACAUGGCGAUUUAUGUAUACAUAUAUUGACGAAAAUCCAGCUCCCGUGUGUCCAAUCGAUUCCACUUUACGCUCCAUUUGUGUUUGUUUUUAGUCAACAUCCUCUCUCUCUAUACUAUCUCUGAUUACAUUCCUAGAGCUUUGGCAAAUGUAAUAUCGAGUCUUUGUGUGUAAAUGUGUGCGUUAGUUAGUUAGUUGCAUAUAUUGGAAGAGGAUUUAAAUAUUAUCAUUGCUUGCGAUGUAUACUUUUGUUAUCGUAGUUUUAUGUGUGUGUACAUAUAAAUUUAGCGUUGGUCUUGCAGUUUAGAAGACUUAACGAGUUAUAAUAUUAUUAUUACGCUAAUAAAGCGAGUUUCAUUUCCAA